ACUUUUCCUCUGACCAAAACGUAACCAUCUUACUUCUCUCUCUAUAACCUUUUUUUCCUUUUUUAUCUUCCAUGGCCGAUUCCGCCGCACAAAAAACCUACGCAGCGCCGUCGUCACCUGCCCCGAUUCUCAGCCGCAGAACCUCGAUUCCUUCCUCCGCUAUCAUGCCCCCACCAAACGUCGCCGUUUCCCCUCCUCUGUCCUCUCCGAUCGACUUCAGGAUCCUCUCCUCCAAGUCCUCUUCUCAAUCCUACACCUCUCUCAAGGACAUCCUCCCCUCCGCCUCCGCCGCCGCCGCCGCCGCCGCCUUCAACUCUCCCACUGCCGCAUCUCCGGCCAACUCCGGCUACGAAAUUUCCAUCCGCAACCGCCUCGUUAAGCAAGCCGCUUGGGCUUAUCUCCAACCUAUGUCCACUUCUUCCUAUUCCACCGGCUCAAAUUUCUUCCACCGUUUCUGGCUCCGAUUCUCCGCCGCGAAUCCGAUCGCUAAUAGUCUUGGAUUCAUCAGAGGUAGUAUCAUUCCCGCCAUAGUCCGAGUCAUUCGGUUCUGCAUUUGCUUGUGACGCCUUCCUCAACCGCUGUAAUUGACCUAGAUCGACGCCGACUUCCUCUGCCGCUGUAAUGGAGAUUGAUGGAUUUAAUUCCCCUGUAUAAAUCCCUUUUAUUCUCAUACAGAAACUUGCAUCCAAUCCCUAAGGAGAAUUGAUUUUCCCAAAUACAUUCAUAGAUUCAAUCUCAACAUUCUAAUAAAUUCGCACCAAAACAUUCCUGUUUC